CCAUCCUCAACACCACACGCCGUCCACUCAUCCACGUCGUGCUGCUCCCCAAGCCCCGGUCUACAUCUGCGCUCUCGCAGACAUGGUCAAAGCGCCUGCGACACCCUCGACCUCACCCCUCUGCCCCGAGCCGUCCGCUGCGAACCCGCCCGCCAUUGCACGCGACCACCUGCUCGCCCCUCUGCGGAGGAGGGCGUGUGUAUAGCGCUGCGAACCGCCGCCAUGUUCCUCCCUCGCUCCAUCGGUGAUGUGGCCCCGCCCGAACCGCGCAGCCGCGCCCAGAACAACCCGACCCUCCUCUUCAGCUGGUGGUGCACCUGCUUCUCGCUCGUCAUCAUCCUGUUCCGCCUCAGUGGCCGAUAUGUGCGCAACGAACGACUCUUCAAGGAGGACAAAAUAAUAGCCCUGAGCAUCAUCCCGCUGUUCGUGCGCAUGGCCUUCGUGCAUGUCGUCCUGCUCUACGGAACCAACAACGUGAACAUCACCGACAUGUCAAACGAGGCCAUACACCGCCGCGAGCUCGGGUCGCGCAUGGUCCUCGGUGCGCGCAUAUUCUACGCCAUGUUCAUCUGGGUUGCGAAACUCACAGUCGCUGAGUUCCUCCAGCGCCUGACCGUGAGGUUCUGGAAGCGAAGCUACGAGAUAGGCCUCAAAGGCAUCCGCAUCUUUCUCGCCGCCACUUUCGUUGCCGUCGUAAUCUCUACUCUUGCCGAGUGCCAGCCGUUCGACCACUACUGGCAAGUCUCCCCAGACCCAGGACCGCAAUGCCGCCAAGGCUACGCCAACCUCAUCACCAUGGGUGUCGCCGACAUGAUCACCGACACUCUCCUCGUCGUUUUCCCGAUUCCGAUCAUCGUCCAGUCCGCCAUGCCACUGAAGCGGAAGUUCUCCCUAGUGUUCCUCUUCUCCAUGUCGCUAGCGUUGAUCGCCAUCACAGGGGCACGUGUCCCCUCGGUGAUCGCCCACCAAGGGGGCCAACAGUUCCGGACAGUGUUCGCGUCAGGUGAGAUUUUAGCUGCUACUGCAGUAUCCAAUGCCAUCAUUCUUGGUUCCUUCCUCCGAGAUCGAGGUAUAAAGAAAGCCAAGUUCAAGUUUGGUUCCACCACGGAUAGCAUGGAACGACCCGCAACACGCAGACCAACACUUCAGCAAUGGGGUAGCGACGAAGACCUCAUCCGAGACAUGGGCUAUCGCCUCAACCCGGAUCUUCACCAACAGAAGAAUGUUCCGAGGCCAGCCCCCGUCGCCAACAUCGAUCUUCUCAAAAAUGGUGGCAAUGGAGCACCAUUCACAGGCAAGGAUUGGCAAUUUCCCAACUCUCCAGUCGAAGCUCGAGAUAGCGAAGAAUCUGACCUCAAAGCACCUGUCCCUGAAGACCCUUUGCCGAGUCCUCGAGAUCUCAGAGUAAUCCCACCACGCCGCAACGUAUCAUUUUUCGACGUUGGUGGACUGCUCGAGGAAGGGUCUCUUCCAUCGGUUCGUUCGAGUACCAUCACCGCCACCACCAACAACAUAUCACCCACCAGCCCCACGAGUGUCCAUGAUUUUGCGACAACUCGAAGGGGAUCCCGGGCCCUCCUAUCCGAUCUUGGGGGGCUCCUCUCGCACGGAUCGUUUCCCCGACGCUCAUCACGGCCCUCGCAAUCCGAAGAGAACCAUGAGAUGACGACGACGCGCAAUGGGAAAGCGGCGAAACCACCACCAUCACCGCCGACCGGCGUUAUCGGGCCCAUGCUCACCCGACACGAGACCCUUGUCUCUCUGCAGGACGCAGGAGGCCUGCUUACCAGCGGCGGAUCGCAACCGGACUCGUCGUCACGAUCAUCAAAACGCUCAUCGCUUAAACCCCCCUCCUCGAGUUCACAUGGCGUGGGUCACUCCCUCACUCGACAAGGCACGAUUCAGUCCUUACAGGAUGUCGGCGGUCUGCUGUCCCCAAACAAGUCUACCGGCUGACUGAUCUUCUCGAGAUGCAAACAGAUCGAUGACGACUUUUCUCAUUCAUUAUUAACUGCAUGGUCUUGGUUUUCCGCAAUGAUAUCCCACAGGCGACGAGCUUGAUGAUUUUUUAUAUUUACCAGGGUUCUGGAUUUUAACGUGUGAUGGUUACGAAAGACGGGAUAUUUAAGGAGUAUUUAAGCGGGCAUUUGGGUGCUGGGCUGGGUUUGAAUUUUCAGACUAUCUACGAGGAACAAUUGUUUUCACUGGGAUAUCCGGCUGGACCCUGAACGGGCUUUUGGGUGCGAGGAAUGGAAUAUGGAGCGGAAAUCUGUAGGAGCUAGGAGCUAGAAGCACUUGGAUGGUUGGGUGUAUGAUAAGGCCAUAGGGCUGGCGAACGGAUCGACUAAUUACGAUCGGGAUCUGCCCCACUGUAGAAAUGUUAAUUCAUGCAUAUCAAUCAAUCAAAACAGCCAUCUGAGAUCUAG